AUGCGCAUCUUUGUCUGUAACGACUUCGAGUUCACACCUUGGCUGCACGAACAUCAAGGCAUCACCGGUGGCACGACACUGCAUAUGCAGCACGAGGACUUCCUGAAGGUCAUCGCCCCCAUGUUCCCUGAGAGGACCGAACCGCCCCACAUCAUGGCCGUUCUCAAGAGAGCCAACCUCCUGGUGAAUGCAGGUAAGAUCAUGAUUUUUCGUCCAGCAACACAGGAAGAGAUCUCGGUCCAGUGCUUGGUGAAGAGUUCUACGGUAGAAUUCCUCAACCCCAAUGCAGGCAAACGGUAUCAGGCCUAUCGUGACAACGAGAAGACAAAACCCAGCACUUUUGAAGCGGAUCUUCAAUGGGAAGCUGACGAUGUGGACGCCAUCCUUGAGGAGCCUCGCCCAUUUCGCAGAGCUUUGUCUUCAGUACUCACUGGAGUAAUCGAUUUGGAUUCCCCACCUACCAAAAAAGCUGCCACAGAGCCAGCUGUUUUGGAGAUGAAAAGCGAUGUCUCCGUGGACAUUGAGCCCGAAAGUGCUGGCACCGUGCGGCCCGUGGAGCCAUCAGAUGGUGCAGUACAUGGCAUUCCUCCGAUGGCCUUGAGCAUGCAACUGAUGUGUCCCAAGGCUCCCCCUAUGGAUGUGGCUUCCCAAUGUGGUUCCGUUCAUGACCCCAUGGCCGAUCUCUCACAAGAGUUCGAUGGCUUUUCCCAAGAGCUGGCCAACAUCAUUCACAAGGAAGAGGCAGACAACAGCAGCAAGUGA